AUGGCACGGCGCAAGGCGUUCGAGGGCCGUCGCAUGUGCCUGCGCAAAGCCCCAAAGGACCACACGCUGCUCGGGCUCUGCAUCAUGUACUGCGGCACCGGCUACCGCGGCCUGCAGCUGCAGACACACACCCUCACCCAGCACACCGUUGAGGGUGUGCUCAUUCAGGCCAUGAAGGACGUGGGACUUGUGGAGGCGCUGGAGCGCGGGCGUGUGAGCGGUGAGACGCACCACUUUGCACGCUCGUGCCGCACCGAUCGCGGUGUGCACGCCGUGCGGAAUCUCAUCUGCCUCUUUGUUCCCAACGAGAGGUUCGAGGCGGUGGGCGGCUGCGAGCAACUCAUGCAGCGGUUGAAUGCAGUGCUGCCCUUGACGGUGCGUGUGGCACAUGUUACACAUCUGAUGGGGAACUUUAUCCCGCGUUUUUGUUGCAAUCGACGGGUGUACCGCUACCUGAUUCCUACCUAUGCGCUCAUCCCACCCUGCGAUACGUGGGAGAGCUUUUACGAGAAGUUCCCUCUGGCCAAGGACUCACUGUGCCGUUACGCGCAGGAGCAGCGUUCGUUUGUUGAUUUGUGCCCCAACGAAACAGAACCAUGGCUUGCAGCGGUAGCAGCAGCAGUGAUGCGUGGCAAUGAAGUUUUACAGCGUUAUAUAGUGGGGACCCAUCGUUUUCACAACUUCUCUGUCGACAUGAUGCAGCGUGGUGGUUCUGGGUGGAGCCGGAAGGUGAUUGCGCCUAGUAGUAACGAGGCGGUGCGCACCGUCCACCGCUGCGAGAUUGCACCGCGUGUGUUCUUGCUACCGCAAUCCGCAACGGGACCGACACGGGCUGAGUACUACGACUCACUGAGUGUCGCUAGUGGCCAGUCAUCGGCAGCGGCAGCGGUGGCAUCAUCAGAAGCUGAGCAAAACGCUGUUGAUGGCUCGUCUGAUGGUGGUCUUUUACCUUUUGUUGUGUUCCAGAUCGAGGGCAGCUCAUUCCUUUUCAAUAUGAUACGAAAAAUUGUUGGUACCGUACUUGCCACUGUGCGUGGCGCUAGGGAGUCGCUCAUCGAAGAGGCGCUCUCACCUGAGCGCCGCGUCACCUGCCCGCUGGCGCCAGGCCCUUACUUGUACCUCUUUCUAUCCUCUUACCACGGCUAUGACCGUGUGGUGCGUAACAGCGGCACGGUGCGUUUCCGGACCAUGCAAGAGGAAUGGAGUGGCGACGUUGCUGCUGCUUCUGCAACAUUUGCAAUGUCGUGCGUGGCGGCUGACGUCGUUGACCUUGACUUGAACCGAACGCCUGGUGUGGGCACGCUUCUGGUCGCAAGGGAUGAGGCACGGCGCGUGACGCGGCCCUGCUGGGAGGCCGAGGACAAGCACGUAGCUACCAUGAAGGAGUAUCACCCGGCUGUUGUGGAGCCACAUCCGAAGUACUCGGAGAUGACGGCUUUCCUGCGUUCAUUGCGGGUGCACAACUGGAGCAUCGAGGUGGUAAAGUCGUCAAUCGGUAGGAAAGCUACGGCUCCAAACGCUAAUAAUAAGAACAACAGUGAUGAUAACAACACGAAGGACAAGGACAAGGAACAAGAGAAUCGUGCACGGGAGAUGGAGACGGGUUUGACAGGGAAAGAACCAAAGUCGUUGAAACGACAACGGACAGAGAUGACAUGUGCCCCGCCUGAUGACGACACUGCUAUGGAAGAGGUGGGGCCCAACAACGACGAAGACGACGACAAGAACAAGAAGGAAAGUGAUGAUGCGUCUGAUGAGGAUGAUUGUGGCGACGACGGUUGGUUGUAUGUUGCCCUGACGGAAGAGGCGGAGAGGCACAAGCGUCGUGAGUAUCAUCGGGGGGUGAAGCAGCGCUCCCGCACGUGGGAGCAUGACUCCGCCAAUGGCGGAACGGAGGCGGAUAAGUGGGGCAGCGAUGGCAGUGCCGGCAGCGAGUAA